AUGCAUCCCUCGAUAGCAGCCACCCUGCUGGUAGCACUCAACCCGCUCCCCCUCCUCGCCUUCCCCACCCUCUCCUCCCGAGGCGUCGAGAAACGACCCAGCGCUGUCAGCGCGAAACUAGCUUGGGAUGCACUGCUGGGGAAGCGUGGGCCAGCCACAGCCAGCGUCGCGCUCGACGGACCACCCUGCGAUAUGAGCCUGGCGAAGAUGCCAUCAGCACCCUCACCGCUCCCACCCCCGUCAGCAGGCCUCACCCUCUCCCACGUAGUCGUCGGCCGCGGAACCCAGAACUACACCUGCGCCUCCGCCUCCGACGCCCCGAAAGCUGCCGGCGCCCUCGCCUCCCUCUACGACGCCUCCUGCAUCGCGGCUUCCUACCCGUCCCUUUUGGCCGCCAUGCCGCCCGUCGCGCUCGACAACUCCCUCCCUAAACCCGUCUCCACCGCCAAAGCCUCCAAGAACGGCCUCACCCCCGCCCUGGCCGGCACGCACUACUUCACGAACCUGACAACCCCCUUCUUCGACAUGGACACGGCGCUGCACGCGUACGGGCGGGGCGGGUUCGCCAAGGUGGCGGGGACGCCGGCGCCGGAGGGGGCGCCGGUUGGCCCGAAGGGGCGCGGGAAUGGGAGCGUGCCAUGGUUGAAGUUGGGAAGCGUGAGUGCGGAUGAGGGAUGGCAGGAGGUUUAUAGGGUUAAUACGGCGGGAGGCCAGCCGCCGAGCAGUUGCGAGGGGAUGCCGAAGACGUUUACGGUGGAGUAUGCGGCGGAGUAUUGGAUGUGGAAGAGGGCGUGA